UAGCAUCCCCAAACCCACCCGCAAGACGUCAGUGCAGUCUCCUCUACAAUGGCAUCCGCACUCACCUCCUACCUCUUCGCGACCCUCUUCUUCGCCCUUGCCAUCCAAACCCCCCUCAAAACCCCGCGCAGCACCCUCAGCAUCCUACAUGUCAUCGCCACCCUGCACACCCUCACCAGCCCGAUCCCGCAUCUAGGCCCUUACUACCACCUGUGGCCGUCCUUCGUCAUCUGGAGUACCCUGCACACAAUCUCAAUCCUCUUCUUCGAGCGCGGCCGCGUCACCUACGUGUCCGCCACCACUCUCGAGGACCGCCUCGCCUCGACCUUCUGGCUCUGGAGCAACAUCCGCCGCGUCCCCAUCGCGCCCCCGAAGGCCCGCCCCAGCAGCAGCAGCAGCAGGGAGGACGAGUACCGCGCGCGCGCGCGCUUCGGGAUCACUAAAUUCGUCCACCUCCUCGUCCUCGUCGGCGCGCACUACGCCAUCAACACCUUCAUCACCACCACGGUGCGAAACAUCCACCUCCGCGCCGCCGACUUCGCCCCCGAGAAGCAAGCCCUGCUCCCCGCCUCCCUCUCACCCCGCGACCUCUACCUCCGCACCAUCAUCUCAUCCCACUGGAUAUGGAGCACGUACAGCCUGCUGACCGCCGCGCACAACGUCCUCUCUAUCUUAUCCGUCACCCUCUUCGGCUGGUCCCAGCCAGCCGAGUGGCCGCCUCUCUUCGGCAGCCCCGGCGCCGCCUACUCGCUGCGCCGCUUUUGGGCCGUCUUCUGGCAGGGGCUGCACCGCGCGCCGUUCGCGGCGUUCAUGCCCGUGUGGCUCAGGGGUAAGAAUAAGAAGAAGAAUAGUCGGUGGCACUGGAACGCGCUGCGCGCGCUGUGGAUGUUUGUUCUUUCGGCGCUGUGCCACGCGCUCGUGGACUUCGUGCAGACGCGGCGGAACCUGCUGGCGCAGGAGCUUGGGUUCUUUCUUACGAAUUACGUGGUGGCGUGCUUAGAGACGGCCGUUGGCGGGUGGAUUGGGAGGAGGCUGAAGAAGCAGGGGAUGUCGGAGGAGGCAAGGCGGGGGUUGGGGUAUCUGUGGGUUGGGCUGUUCUUUUUCUGCAUGGUGCCGGCGUGGAAGUAUCCUCUCCUCCAGGCUUAUUUGGGCAUGUAGGGAAGGGCUUAGGUCAUGUGUAGGUACAUACCUAUGUACCACGCUUCGAAUGGGAAUAUGAAUCAAUUUGUAUACAGUUAUAUAGACACAUCAACAGUAGUCACCACUGACCAGUCCAAAAUACCGCCUAGGUACGCUACCUAGGUAUGCAUGAGUACAAAUUGCUACAUACCUAGGUAGAUAAUGCCAUUAUUAUUACAUUUACCUACAAUCUCAGCCAUCCCCAACAACGACGACCCACACACACCCUCUCCUUUCCUUUCUCAAGCGACACAGGAAGCUCAGCUCCCGUAGAAUAGGG